AUGACUCCUUGGGCACAUCUAGCUCUAGUCUCUCUUUUAACCCCGCUUGUUCUGGCCUCUCCAGUACCAGACGAAUCAGAAUCUACUACACACCUGCACGAGAGAGCAGCAGAAGGGUAUGAAUCACCUCCAUACUAUCCCACUCCUCCGGGAGGCUGGGUUCCCGACUGGAGUGAAGCCUACUCCAAGGCUUAUCAUCUGGUCAGCAAUAUGACGCUGGCUGAGAAAGUCAAUCUGACUACAGGAACUGGCUUUUUCAUGGGACCCUGCGUAGGGCAGACAGGGAGCGUGCCUCGCCUAGGUAUACCCAACCUGUGCCUCCAAGACAGUCCUCUGGGAAUCCGCAACUCGGACCACAAUACUGCCUUCCCACCUGGUAUUACGGUUGGCGCAACCUUCAACAAAGACCUCAUGUAUGAGCGAGGUGUUGGGCUCGGCGAAGAGGCUCGCGGCAAGGGAGUCAAUGUGCUCCUGGGACCAUCCGUGGGAGCACUUGGACGCAAGCCACGCGGUGGACGAAACUGGGAAGGCUUUGGUGCUGAUCCCACUCUGCAGGCCUUUGGAGGUGCCGAGACUGUGAAGGGUAUGCAGAGCAUCGGCGCUAUCGCGGCUAUCAAGCAUUACAUUGGUAAUGAGCAGGAAAUGCACCGCAUGAGCAGUGUUGUUACCAAGGGCUAUUCGUCUAACAUUGACGAUCGCACAUUGCAUGAGCUGUACCUCUGGCCUUUUGCUGAGGGUGUUCGUGCGGGUGUAGGGUCCGUGAUGACAGCUUAUUCCGAUGUCAAUAGCUCUUCGUGCUCUCAGAAUAGCAAGUUGAUCAAUGGGGUUCUCAAGGAUGAGCUUGGUUUCCAAGGAUUUGUGAUGACGGAUUGGCUGGGUCAUUAUUCUGGCGUUGCGUCCGCCAUAGCUGGUUUGGAUAUGUCCAUGCCUGGCGAUGGAGCAGUUCCCUUGUUCGGAGAUUCAUACUGGGGUUCUGAGCUGUCGCGUUCGGUCCUGAAUGGCAGUGUUCCCGUGGACCGUCUCAACGAUAUGGUUCAACGCAUUGUUGCCACUUGGUAUAAAUACGGACAGGACAAGGACUAUCCCUUACCAAACUUCUCGACGAACACCCAGAACAAGGAGGGCCCGCUUUACCCCGGUGCUCUAUUUUCUCCAUCUGGUGUCGUUAACCAAUUUGUCGAUGUGAGGGGCAAUCACAACAUCACUGCGAGAGCCGUAGCACGGGAAGCAAUUACCUUGCUAAAGAACGACAUGGACAUUCUUCCUCUGCACAGCAAUGGUUCUCUCAAGGUAUUCGGCACAGAUGCAGGUGGAAACCCAGACGGUCUCAACUCAUGCACCGACCAAGGAUGCAACAAAGGCGUUUUGACUAUGGGCUGGGGCAGUGGCACAGCCAGACUACCCUAUCUCAUCACACCCCAAGAGGCAAUCUCUAAUAUCACUAAGAAUGCCGAGUUCCACAUCACCGACAAAUUCCCCUCGGACGUUACCGCCAAUUCCAACGAUAUCGCUCUUGUUUUCAUUAGUGCCGAUUCAGGCGAAAACUAUAUCACAGUCGAAGGGAACCCGGGAGAUCGAACCACAGCUGGACUUAAUGCUUGGCACAAUGGCGAUGAUCUCGUCAAAGCAGCAGCAGAGAAGUUUUCCAAUGUAGUUGUGAUUGUCCAUACUGUCGGGCCCAUCCUGAUGGAAGAGUGGAUUGAACUCAAGUCCGUAAAAGCAGUGGUUGUGGCACAUCUUCCCGGACAAGAAGCUGGCAACUCCCUUACCGAUGUCCUCUUUGGUGACUAUAGUCCAAGUGGCCACAUGCCAUACACCAUUCCCCGCAGCGAAGAUGAUUACCCGGAUAGCGUGGGCUUGAUCAGUCAACCAUUCGGCCAGAUCCAGGACACCUACACAGAGGGGCUAUACAUCGACUAUCGCCACUUCAUUAAGGCCAACAUUAAACCUCGGUAUGCAUUCGGUCACGGUCUCUCCUACACCACCUUCAACUUUUCCCAGCCUUCGCUAUCGACAGGAACUCCACUGGACUCAGUCUACCCAGCUGCACGACCCACCAAGUUGCCAACCCCCUCCUACAACACCAGCAUCCCGGACGCAUCGGAAGUCGCCUGGUCCUCUACCAACUUCACUCGUAUCUGGCGCUACCUCUAUCCCUACCUGGACAAGCCACAGUUGAUCACUGCAACGAAGAAAUACUCCUACCCGGACGGCUACAGCACCGAGCCGCACGCAGUCCCCCGGGCCGGGGGUGGCGAGGGCGGAAAUCCCGCUCUCUUCGAGACUGUAUUUUCGGUCCAGUUGGACAUCCGGAAUACGGGUAAACGAACCGGCAAGGCUGUCGCCCAGCUGUAUGUUGAGCUUCCGUCCAGUCUAGGACUGGACACGCCAGCCUUGCAGCUCCGACAGUUUGAGAAGACGAAGGAGCUUGCGCCUGGUCAGAGUGAGACUGUUACGCUGCAUCUUACUCGGAAGGAUGUUAGUGUUUGGGAUGUUGUGAUGCAGGACUGGAAGGCUCCUCUCAAUGGAGAGGGCAUUAAGAUCUGGGUUGGGAAUAGCGUUGCUGAUCUGCCUGUUCUCUGUGUGGUCGGAGGAAAGUGUUCGAUUCAAUAA